AAUUUUGUUUUCAUUCCAUGCAAUCACUGUUAGUUGCAUAUAUCGGUCAUUCAGAAUGUAAAAAUGCUAUACAAAUGCAACAUCUUUUUAUUUUAAUAUCGAAUCACCUUUUAUUUAUUUUAUCGUUCGUAGUAGCUUUUCUGUGUGUUUUCAUAUUGAAGCGAACUUUAUUACCAAUUUUCAAUAACAUAAAAAAGAAGGAAGAUUCAUUUACUUGAGAGAGAAAAUGGGUAAAGGGAAAUAUCGAAAACGUAUUCAGUCAGUUGCUGGAUCCAAAAAAGAGAGAAACACAUCAUCUGUUUUUAAAGCAUCAUCAUCUUCAAAGGAUAAGGAAGAAAAAGUAUACAUAAUGAAAACGAUUCCAUUGAGUGUUAGACAUUUCCAGAGAAGAUUAGCCAUUACCCCUGAUGAUAUAAAUGAUGAUGAAAGACUUAUCAAGGCAUACCGAAAUUUUGUACAGAACACAUCUGUUGACAAAGGGCAUGACGGUCUGCAUUUGGCAAAGCAAAACAAAAGAGCCAAGAAAAGAAUGUUGGCUAGAAAAAAAUUAGCUGGUGCUUUUGGCAAUAUGGGUUCUUUAGUUGAUGCUUUACCUUCUGUAAAAGAAGACAACAAAAAUAGUUCUGGAUCUGUUAAAGAAAAACCCCGGGUAUGCAAAUCUUUGAAAUCACAAGAAUUUGAAAUGUUGAACGACAUUCAUUGGUACCAUCAUGCUGUACAAGAUCCUUCUUUUCUGGCAGAUCCCUUUGCUGCAGUGGCCUCAAAUAUCCAUCUCCGCCUGAAAAGUGAGCAGAAAGAGUCAUCUUAAAUGUCUAAUUUAUAUAUUUAUUAUACUUGUGUUGUUGUUGAAAUAAAAGUUAUUUCUUAUUUCAUCA